AGGUUAUGACAAGUAUGUUCUUUUCAUAGGAAACUUGUCCUAAUUUAUACUAGAAAAGAGACCCUUUACACCUAUAGAUACAAUACAACCAAAGGGUUCUCCUUUUCAUGUCUUUGCCAUCACUCUCUCAAGUAUUUUGUGUUUACCACUGUCCAGCUCAAGUUUAAGGAUUUUAUUUUUUGCUAUUAGGGGGAAAGUCUUUUUUUUUUUCAAUUACCCAUUUGGUUUUUGCAAGUUAUAGAUAUACAAAGUUUCAAUCUUUUUGUGGUUUUCUGUGUUUCUUAGAAUGAAUUUUUGGUGGGGUUUGUGAGAUUUUGAUGCUUAAGCUUCUGGGUUCAUACUUGAUAGUAAAAAGGGUAUAUUUUUUAUUUUUGUGUUGUGAGAGAAAGUUGAAUGUUUUUGUCAAAAGGAGAGAGAAAGUUGAAUUCUUUUUUAUUUGUAUGAUUUAACAAUUUGGAAUCUAUUAGCAUGGCUGUGGUGAAUCAUGUUGGGGGAGAAAUUGAAGAGGAACCUGAUCAAGGUGUGGUUGAUGAAGCAAUUUAUGUUGCUGUGUCAAAGGAUGUAAAAGAGAGUAAAUCGAAUCUGAUAUGGGCAAUACAGAAUUCUGGAGGAAAGAAGAUCUGCAUCCUCUAUGUUCAUGUGCCUGCAACAAUGAUCCCUUUGAUGGGCGCUAAAUUUCCCGCAAGUUCGUUCAAAGACCAAGAAGUCCGAGCUUACCGUGACAUCGAAAGGCAAAACAUGCAUAAGACUCUUGAUGAAUAUCUUCGAAUAUGUCAUCGGAUGGGGGUGCGAGCGGAGAAAUUGCAUAUUGAAACGGACAACAUUGAGAAAGGAAUUUUAGAACUUAUCUCUCAGCAAGGUAUCCGAAAGCUUAUUAUGGGAGCAGCUUCUGAUAAGUGCUAUUCUAGGAGAAUGAUGGAUCUCAAAUCGAAGAAAGCGAUCUAUGUAUGCGAACAAGCUCCAGCUUCUUGCUAUAUACAGUUUAUCUGCAAAGGCCACCUUAUACACACAAGGGAUCGCAGUUUAGAUGAAAGAAACGUAGAGGUUGCAUCUCCUUUGGUGCAGCAAGUGCCUAACUCUGUGAGAUCUUUGAGAUCUCAAUCUAUUACGCUUGGGCAAAAUCAUAGGACAGAUUCAAUUAAUUCUGUUCAAGAGUUAUUUCGAAGAGCGAAGUCUGCCAGCGAUGAACAGAGACCGAGCAACGUGGAUGUUCCUUCUCCAGAUGACACUGCAAGGUUUUCAACUCCACGUAACAUGCGAGGUACCGAAGUAAGUUCUGAUGAGUCUGAUAGGCUGUCAAAGACGAGUCCUUCAGGUUUGUCGACAUGCUCAGAUAGUGCAAUUGAACCAGCAUUGACCCCGAAUUCGGUUGCCGAGAGCAGUGAGAUUGCAUUGGAGUUGAGUUUGAGUCACCUUGUUAUAGAGGAUCUUCAUCAUUUAUCUCCUCCCAGUGUACUGCAGGACGGUGGAGUGAACGAUACGCUCUAUGACCAACUUGAACAGGCUAUGUCUGAAGCUCAUAAUGCUACUCGAAAUGCAUAUCAAGAAACUUUUAGGCGAGGGAAAGCUGAAAAGGAAGCCAUUGAAGCUAUACGCAAGGCUAAAGCUUCUGAAAGCUUAUAUACAGAGGAGUUGAACUUGAGGAAAAUGGCAGAGGAAGAACUAAAAAAGGAAAAAGAAGAACUCGAGAAUAUAACAAGCCAGAGAGACAAAGUUCAGGAAGAACUGCAACUAGCCCUGGAUCUGAAGUCAUCACUAGAGAGUCAACUUGCAUCGUCUGAAGUUAUGGUACAGGAGCUGGAGCAGAAGAUUAUAUCUGCUGUGGAAUUGUUACAAAGCUACAAGAAUGAACGAGAGGAAUUGCAGAUGCAGCGCGAUAAUGCAUUGAGAGAGGCUGAAGAGCUGAGGAAAAAACAAGGAGACGACUCGAGCUCCCAUGUACCUCAAUUGUUCUCAGAAUUCUCUUUUUCAGAAAUUGAAGAAGCAACACGUAACUUUGAUCCAUCUCUAAAGAUCGGAGAAGGCGGAUAUGGAAAUAUAUAUCAAGGUAUCCUCCGUCACACCGAAGUGGCUAUAAAAAUUUUGCACGCCAAUAGCAUGCAAGGACCCUUGGAGUUUCAACAAGAGGUGGAUGUAUUGAGUAAGCUAAGGCAUCCAAAUCUGAUCACUCUUAUAGGAGCCUGUCCAGAAUCCUGGAGUCUUGUCUACGAGUAUUUACCAAACGGGAGCCUUGAAGACCGUCUUGUCUGCAAGGACAACACUCCUCCAUUAUCAUGGCAAACGCGGAUCCGCGUCGCUGCAGAACUCUGCUCCGCUCUCAUCUUUCUUCAUUCAAGUAAACCUCACAGCAUAGUGCAUGGUGACUUGAAACCUUCCAAUAUCAUCUUGGAUGCAAACCUUGUCAGUAAGCUUAGUGACUUUGGAAUCUGUCGCAUAUUAUCGAAUUACGAGAAUUCUAGUAACAAUAGUACGCAGUUUUGGAAAACCGAUCCAAAGGGGACUUUUGUCUACAUGGAUCCUGAAUUCCUUGCUUCUGGAGAACUCACUCCAAAGUCAGAUGUUUAUUCAUUUGGAAUUAUAUUAUUGAGAUUGUUGACUGGGAGACCGGCUUUGGGAAUAACUAAGGAAGUGAAAUAUGCUAUAGAUACCGGAAAGUUGACAUCUUUAUUAGACCCUUUGGCCGGAGACUGGCCAUUUGUGCAGGCCGAGCAGUUAGCACGCUUGGCUUUGAGGUGUUGUGAGAUGAAUAGGAAGAGCCGGCCGGAUCUUCAUUCGGAUGUGUGGAGGAUACUGGAUUCAAUGAGGGCUUCUUCUGGAGGUACAAACUCCUUUGGUCUAAGUUCUGAAGGGCCUCACCAACCUCCUUCAUAUUUCAUUUGUCCAAUCUUCCAGGAAGUCAUGCGAGAUCCACAUGUAGCUGCAGAUGGUUUUACUUACGAAGCGGAGGCUAUCCGAGGAUGGCUUGACAGCGGCCACGACACUUCACCAAUGACAAAUAGUACACUUGCACAUCAGAGUCUCGUCCCCAACCGCGCUCUUCGCUCCGCGAUCCAGGAUUGGCUUCAAAGUCACUAAUUCAAGCCUAUUACUUUUCCUUAGCCCAUUUUCAUUAAAAUGUACAUCCACUUGUUUAUAACAUGUUUAGGAAAGUUAUAUGCCGUUAUAUAAUUUUUAGAACCUUCUGUCACUUUUGUUUCUUAUAGUUCUAUAAGAAGUGGAGUCACAUUUUAUACCUAUAUAUAUCUUCUUGUAUAGGUUAGAUAACCAACCAUGUGGUUAUCUUCAGUGAUUAUAUAAAUAAAAUAUAUAGAAUGCACGAAAGUGAAGGGUUGAUUAAAUCUA